CUUCGGGUUGUUCUUUGGUUGUCACUGGAUAUUUUCUGUGACUUGAUUUUGAUAUAAACUUAGUUAUUCUUCGAAUUUGUGUUAUUUUUGUUCGUUAAUAGUUAAAACCUUUAACUAUUAAAAUGGCUGAUAAUCCUAAUCUACAGCCAUCCGAAAAUUUAAAUACAAAAAAUGGAAAUAUUAUUUGUGGUGUUGUUGAAGGCUUCUAUGGGAGGCCAUGGACUACAGAGCAAAGAAAGGAUUUGUUUCAAAAGAUGAAAAAAUGGGGAAUGAACUCAUAUGUAUAUGCCCCAAAGGAUGAUUAUAAACACAGAGCCUAUUGGCGAGAAUUAUACACAGUUGAGGAAGCAGAACAUUUAACAGGUUUAAUUCAGGCAGCAAAGGACCAAAAUAUUAUGUUUUAUUACGCCCUAUCGCCGGGGUUAGAUAUUACAUACAGUAGUUGUAAGGAAAUUACAUCAUUAAAGCGUAAAUUAGAACAGGUAGCUCAGUUUGGCUGCCAAGCUUUUGCUCUAUUAUUUGAUGAUAUCGAACCUGAAAUGUCUGAGGCAGACAAAGAGAUAUUUCAGUCAUUUGCACAGGCUCAAGUCUCGAUCACAAAUGAAAUUUAUCAACAUUUGGGACAGCCCAAGUUUUUAGUUUGCCCCACUCAGUAUUGUUCCACUAGAGCUGUGCCAAAUGUAACAAAUUCUGAAUACCUAAAUACAUUAGGAUCUAAACUUGCUCAGGACAUUGAUAUCAUGUGGACUGGCAGCAAAGUUAUAUCGAGAUUAUUAACGAAAGAAAAUAUUCAAGAAAUAACUGAUGCUUUAAAAAGACCACCUAUAAUAUGGGAUAAUUUACAUGCUAAUGACUACGAUCAGAAAAGGGUGUUCUUGGGGCCAUAUUCAGGAAGAUCACCAGAUUUAAUACCUAAACUAAGAGGGGUUCUGACAAAUCCCAAUUGUGAAUAUGGUGCCAACUUUGUUGCAAUACACACUUUAGCUCAAUGGUCAAAAUGCACUGUUGAUGGACAGAGGGAUAAUUCUUUAAACGAUUCUGUCUCGGCAGAUAUAAAGCUGGAAACUGAAACAGAAGAUGGAUUAACGGGCGAAGAUGUGCCGGCUACACUAUCACCGAACAUGUACCACCCAAGGCAGGCUCUAAGAAACGCACUAAAAGAGUGGUUGCUCGAAUUUAACAAACACAAAAUGGCAUGGGGACCGAUAGCAAAGCCGCAACCGUCCGUGGCAGUCGUACCAGUGCCCAUAAUACCAUCCAUUAACACCUGCAUGAGUUUAACUUCUACCACGACCACCACAGCCACUGCCACGCCUAUGGUCAAUUCCAACCAACUCCAAGCUUUAGCUGAAGUAUGCAGCACGGUGACCUCUACCGAUAGCCUUGUAACUCCCAUGCCGGGUCCCGUGAUGAACUCCCUGGUAUCGGAGACAAAAGUGAUAUGCAACGAUUCCAUCCCGAACCCAAUAACUCCAGUGCCUGUGCCCAUACCCAUCGGCGAUUCCGACUCGAAAAGCAUCACGAUUCUGAGCGGCACGCACCUCAAAACGGGCCAAGCCAAGUCCAUCGAAAGUGGCAACGGCGCGAAAGAACCCAAGGAGGAGAUCUCGAUGAACACCGACACGAGUCUGAGCAACGAGUCCAGUUUGAGCCCGUCCGAACCCAUGGACUGCAACAGCACUCCGAACAUAUCGCCCGCUCACGUCGUCAAGUGCCCAGUCGAUUCCGCCGAAGACGUGGCCAUGAGUGAAACUUCGGUAUCAAGUGGCAGUAUGCAAAUUGAAACGCUCGAGGCCAAUCAAAUGGUCGUUGAAUCUAUUGGAGAAACGGACAAAAAGGAGCAACUAACUUAUGAAGACUUAUCCCUUUUUUGUGAUUUAUUUUACCUACCAUUCGAACAUGGUAAUCAAGGGCUUCAACUGUUGCAAGAAUUCAAUUGGUUGAAAUCCAACGCCCAUUUAGUUAUCGCAGCGAAUCAGAAAAACGACAAAUCUACUCCUGAGGUGCAAGAAUGGUUCUCCAGAGCUGACAAGAUGAACGAAAUGACUCUCGCUGUCAACAAACUCUUCAAACACUUGUCCAGUUGCAAUAAUAGGGAAUUAUUGUACGACCUGUACUCUUACCUGUGGGAUAUAAGAGGGGUUAUAUGUUUGCUCAAUUCGUACAUAAAAUGGCUCGCUGGUGGCCAGUUUCCUUCUUCUAUGCCUUCCUACACCCAAGGGACAUAUACAUGGUUCUCUAAAGGUUGGAAAGAAACCUUUAUGAGUGGAGAACAGGAACCCUGGGUAUUCAGAGGAGGCCUUACUGCCGACUUACAGCGUUUAAUCCCCGUUGAUUCAGGGAAUGACCUGUUUGUUUACAAAGUGCCAGAUAUACCCACAUGUCGGGUGUUUACGGUUAGGCCGUAUUUGUGCACCGAUGAAAAGCACGUUUACAACGUGUGCACCAAAACUUGCAAAGACGGUUUAGAAGACCCCCACGUGUACCCAGAAAACUUGAAAAAUGUCCACGCUGAUCGCAUCAUCGGACCAUAUUUAACUUUGCAUCCCGAAUUUUGCAUGGUUGUUGAAGACGACGUGGGUAUCGUCGGAUAUGCGUGCGCAACUCCGGAUUACAAGAAGUUCCGCGUCAAACAGGAAAUCGCGUGGAUCCCGGAAAUGUGCGAAAAGUAUCCGUUGAAUCUCGGCAAGGACUUGCCCAAAUUCGGACAAGAAAGCAUAUCACAUUUUCAUAAUUUCGCAAAUGAAAUGUAUGUAAAUAGCCCAACACAUCCUUCCAGUAUGAUCUGUAGUCUUCUACCAUCCGUACUUGAUCAAUCAGUUAGCAAACGUUUAGUCACCUGCUUAUUGGCAGCCCUUAGAGCCAAUGGUUGCUUUGGGGUUCACGUAAUAAUGAAUACUUGUGAUAGUUACACUCAUGCAUUUUAUGGAAAAUUGGGUUUUGUAGAGAACACUCAAGAAACUAUUAAAGGAAAAACUGUAAUGGGCCGUACUUUUUAAUGCACAUGUGAAAUAUUUUAAUGACUGAUUUAUUUUUUGUUUAAUUUAGUUAUAUUUAUCCUAUUUAUAAAUUCAUUUUUACCAGUCUGUUUGCGUAUUAUUGAUAUAUUUAGUAGGUAGAUUAUACUAAAAUAUGAUUUUUAAUUUAUA